UUUUUUCCCUUCUUUCUUGGUCUUCCAUUUUUGUUAUCCCUUUCAAGAUUUGCUCCCAUGGCAAACCCAGAAGACUUUGAUACUGGUCCACGCAAGGCAGAAAAUGCCACGGAGUUAAAGAAAGAAUUGCAGAGACAGAUAAAGCCCAUUCUUGAUGAAGAUGAUUACGAGAUUAAGGCAACUGAUGAGGCCAUGAGAAUCUUAUCUUCAUUGAAAGAACUAAAAGUUAAGGGGAUUGAGAUUACAAAUGAGACCUUAAGAUUCGUAUCUUCUUUGAAAGAAUUGAAAUGCAAGGAAUCAGCUUCUUAUAUGGUUGUUCCUGAAGAGUUCAAAUGUCCCAUUUCCGGAGAGAUUAUGCAUGACCCUGUUGUCUUGGCAACUGGGCAGACCUGUGAUCGGUGUUCCAUUAUGGAGUGGUUAGACGACGACCAUUGGUUGUGCCCUCAAACUGCGGAAGUCCUCUCCUAUACUAUCCUCAGCCCCAAUCACUUGGUGCGAGAAAUGAUAACACAAUGGUGCAAGGACCGUAGCAUCAAAUUAGCAGAGCCUCGUGAGCGUAUUAUGGAUGAGAGUAAGAUAACUGAAGCAGACAAGGUCUGCUUAUUUUCACUGCUCAAAAAGAUGUUUUCUUCUUCUAUCUCUGAUCAGAAAAGAGCUGCAAGAGAGCUUCGUCGACUGACCAGGUAUCAGCCCUCAUUUCGAGCCCUUUUUGUUGAGUCCAAGGAUGCGAUUUCCAGAUCACUUGAACCACUUGUUUCACCAGCUGGAAAUGGUAGUGCAGCUCAUUUGCUGCUGGAUCCUGAACUCCAAGAGGAUUUGAUCACAUUGGUUCAUAAUAUCUCAGUUCACGAGAAAAACAAGAGACCCAUUGCACGGAAUCCUAUUGUUGUCCCUUUGCUGAUUGAAACGUUGAAAACCGGAUUGACCAUUCAAACGAAAAGCAAUGCUGCUGCAUCACUGUUCACGUUAGCAACCUUUGAUUGCAACAAGGUCAUUAUUGGGAAUUUAGGUGUUUUCAAACCUUUGAUUGAUCUUGUAGAAGAAGGGCAUCCAGUGGCAAUGAAGGAUGUCCUUUUAGCAAUAUACAGACUGUGUGAGAACAGAGAGAAUCGAGUAAAAGCUGUUCAGGAUGGAGCUGUGAGGGUGCUUGUGAAAAAGAUAAUGGAGGAGGAGGGCACAGGACCAGUUGUUUCUAUGUUGUUGACGGUUUUGACAUUGCUUUCGAGCCAACAGCAAGCUGUGGAGGAAAUGGGGGAGCUUGGCGCUGUGCCUUGGUUGCUCAGGAUGGUGAGGACGACCAAUAAUGAAACGAACAUGGUUAAUUGUUCUGCAAUUUUAUUGAAUAUCUGUAGGCGUGACCGCAAUAAAAGGAAAGAGAUGUGGGAAGCAGAAAUUGCCAACCGUACAAUCUCCAGAGUUGCAGUGAGUAGGAAUCCAAGUGCCUCACAGAAUGGCAAUGCCAUUCUUGAAAAGCUGAGGAAACAUAUCAUACAAUAGAUACACUCACUCACUGAUUACUCACUCAUUAUAUUCCAUCCGUUAGCUCAGUUACCUGUAUAAUGACCACAUACAAAAAAUUGUUCAAAUUUCACAUAAUCAACCAUUCUAUUAGCUAAGAAAUUUCUGCAAGGAUAUUGAUAUUUUUCCUCUAUUCAUUCUGAAUAAAUAAAUACAUGGGUAUUUCUGGUGACUAUACUUUCUGUUUAUCUGCCUGGCCGCUCUAAUUAGUUCUUACAUUCUUUUUGUGUGUGUGUGUGUGUGUGUGUGUGUGUGUAUGAGAGAGAGAGAGAGAGAGGCCGCAAGCUAUCACCAUAAACAUGUACACAAAUGUAAUCUAAGCAGAAUCAAUUUCAGAUAAAAAUGGAUAUAGCUUGAUCUUCAAGAUGGUAUUGUCUUAAUUUUCUUAACAGAAAAAUCAAUCUUGACAUAAAUUGCAGUUAAAAGGGGAGACUGUUACAUGUAUUCGGGAACAACAAUAGCCAUCUGCAAAUACCCAUUCUAUUGGCACACCUAACUCUUACAAAGAUAAUAAUAAACAAAACUGCUACAACAAAAAAACCAAAAACAUUUCCUUUUAAUUCUAGUAAACAC